AUGUCGGUGGAGGAGGCUUGGCAGUUCUUUCGGGAUCAGAUCGAUACGGGGAUGUCCAUGUUUGUACCGUGGAGAUGGCCCCGGGAGGAGAGCAGACCUGUGUGGAUGGCGGAUGACUUAACCCGUAAAAUUUGGAAGAAGCAAAGAUUAUGGUCAAGAUAUAGGAAUACCAGGGACGAAAGCGACCAUUUGAAGUUCAAAUCAUAUAAGAGCAAGGUCCACAGAUGGAUCAGGGAUGCCAAGUUGGGUUUCGAGAAAUCUCUUUCGAUCAGGAAGAAUGUGCGUUCCCUCCAUGCAUAUGUCCGCUAUGUGAGGAGGGGCAGCAAGUCCAUUAAUGCAAUUGAGAAUGCUCAAGGCGUUCCCCAUCACCGGAAAGUGGGUAUGGCAAAUAUUCUCAACGACUAUUUCUCCUCUGUCUUCAACAAGAGGGAUAACGACCCCUCUCCUUUUCGUUACUCUAACAAUGGUCCCGUGCUCUCCAAAGUUGUGUUCUACUCGUCCAAAGUAUUAGCCGAACUGAAUAAGCUCAAUGCCCCCUCUGCUCCAGGUCCCGAUGGCAUUUCGGCUUUCAUUUUAAGGCGUUUGACCUCGUCUUUGGCGGGUCCAUUGGCCAUCUUGUUCAACAUGUUCCUGAAGUCGGCUUACCUACCUGGAGAUUAUUUUUUGGGAAAUGUGUGCCCCAUUCAUAAGGGUGGUGCCACUUCGAAGCCCUCAAAUUACAGACCAGUUUCACUGACGGCUGUCUGCUGUAAAGUGAUGAAAAAGAAUUAUGAGGGACAACAUUUCGGCAUUCCUUGA